AUGCGGAUCAUUGUGUUGUUUGCAGUGAUCCUUCAGAUCCUGGGCAAUUACGCCUUCACUGCGAAGACGGAAGAGGAGGCAAAGGGCCCAAGCAAGAAAGCUUUGGCAUCUGCACAAAUCAGGCAUCAGGACCCUUUCUCUUGCUUCAUUGAGGUGGACUGGCGUUGCAGCUUUUGCUGGAGAACCAACAAGGCCAACACAAAGAGUUGUGCCAGGUGUGGGAUAAAGUGGACUCAUGGUCAGGAUCCCACCUACACCCCGCAGAAGGACAUGAAUGCCAGGCCAAAGAGUCCCAGACGUGUGCAACAGUCAACAGGGAACUGGAACUACACGGGCUGGAACGAGGAUACAGACUGGGGCGAUUCGAACUGGCAACAAGGUUAUGGUUCGUCAUCAGCCUAUCGCCAACGUGGAGAUACCCCUCGAAAAAAGACUCCGAAGCAGAAGAAAGGAGCCAAGCCUCGAUCAGAUGGUCGACACUCCUACGAUGUUCCACCGCCGGAACCGCCGUGGAACUCCAACUAUGCAGGAGCACCACAGCAAUUGGCUCAUGGUGGAGAAGAUCAUUCAGCAGCUGCAGAAAAUCUCACAUUACUUGCAACUGCAUUGAAGGAAACGAACACAACAGUACCUGCAAGUGUUGCCCACAUUGUUGUAGAGAACUCAGCGCCUGUGCCAACUUCGAAGAGCCUCAAGAAUGCGGUGGACAAGAUGGACAAGGAGGAUCAAGAGCUUGCAGACAAGGUGAAAGCAGCACAAGAGAAACUGCAGCAGACAAAGGACACCGUGGAAGAAAGGAAGGUGGCAUUGGAGGAGCUCGACGCGGACACCAACAUCGAGAUCUCAGACGACGAGAUGGUGGACAAGGUGGACUCAUCCGAGCAGAUCCAAGCCAACAUCAGCCACAUGGUCGAGAACCUGCAAAAGCUGCAUCAGACUGCAGAAGCAGCAAUCAUAGAAGCAGGCGAGAACAAGAACAAGCGUCCAAGAUUGGAAGAGCCAGGUUGGAACUAUAACAAUGUGCCCAAGCCCAAGCACCUCUUCUUUGCCGCCCUUGCAACCGAAGAGAAGCAGGAUAUCACGGAGGGUUCCACAUUUCAGCUUGUGCUCCUGGACGUGGAAUUUCACAGUGCUUUGCCGUCCCUCGAGCCCGAAAGUGUACGCAGAGUCAAGCUUUUGCCCAAACCAUUGCGAGGAAAGCUUUGCUUGCUCUACUUGGACUGCAGCCAUAUUGUCAAUAUGCACGUCAUGUUUGCUUUGUUUGGCACAACAAGCAUCUGGUGGGAGCGCAACAACGGGCUCUGA